AUGACUGAUUCCUGUUCCACAGACCGCGGUCCAACUUCUCUCGCCUCUAAGAAUCCCUUCCGUAACCUUGUCUCCGAGAACAACUCCAUCAGACCCGUCUCGACAAAUCCCUUUCUUGACUCUAACGAGAUAUUGUCUGCCGAGGGCACCACGAAUAAGCCUAACCCCCCAAUUGGCACAGGAGUUGCGGCAACCCGGUCUGAUGUUACCGACAAGACUGCAGAUAUAUUUGCGACUCUCGAUAUAAAGGAACCUGCAAAGCCACCGCAAUCUCAUGCAAAUGGCGCCACACGACGGGAAAACAUCGCACCCAGACCACAUCCCUCUCGCGGUCCUUCGACACGCCAUGGGCCCACUAAAUCGGAUGAAGAGCGUCGGCGACAACAGGGGAAACCUCCUGGUCCUCCACAGGAACUUGACAUCUUUGCAGACCCGCCCGAGCUGAACCGUCCGCGCGAAAGGCGUCCGCCUCCUCGACGCAACUCAGAAUCUUCUAUCCGAGAGAAACCAAAAGAUCUGGAUCCCGAAGCGGAAAGAAGGAGACGAGAAAGAAGAUUGCGCGAGGGGAAAGGCUCGCACAGAUCUAAGAAGCCAAAUGCAAGAUUGGACAUCAUUGAUAAAUUGGAUGUCACUAGUAUCUAUGGCACCGGCUUAUUCCAUCACGAUGGCCCAUUUGACGCAUGUAAUCCCCAUCGCAACCGCAAGGGCUCCAGGCAGGCGCCGAUGCAAGCAUUCCCAAAGGACUCAUUAAACAUGCAACUUGGUGGCUCUGGCCCGGUCAAUACCAAACUCAACCUGGACCAGUAUCACGGCACUGGACGAGAGGCAAAUCUUGAUUAUAACGAUGCGGCAAUCUACGAAGAGGACGCAGACUAUUUCCGAAGACCACAACCAGAGAGAAGUGCCAGCUUCAAUCCCACCGCCAAAGCCGAACCUUUGCAUGGCAGCGAGACGGCUGGUCUUGGAACGAGCACAUUCCUAGAAGGUGCGCCUGCUAGUCGAGCAGCAAUCCAGCGCCGCGAAAGUGAGCAAGAAGCUGCGGAACAGGCAAACGCCGCGGGACUAUCGCGUAAAAAGAGUCUGGCACAAAGAAUCAAAUCCGUGCGUCCUAAAAUCGCCGAUGGGGGUCGCAUGACUUCGCCUGAGCCGGCAGUAACUCCGACUUCCCCAAUGGGGACGAGCAAAUCGGAGCAGAACGGCGGGAAUCCGUUCUUCAAGGACUAUGACAAAGAACAUGAGAAGAAAGGUGCUCAAAUCGCAUUUGCCGAAGAACAAGCAAAGAACACUGGGCGUGCUCGAGCACCGUCGAGCCCGAAACGAGGUGGACUAACCCUCGAAAGAAAAUUGACCUCUGAGAGCAACGGUCCGCCGCCUGAGGAAACCAAGUCUGCCGCUGCUGGGUUCCUUAGUCGAGUCAAGAGUAUCAAAGGAGGACGAAGCAGGACACGCGAGAGGAGAAAUACCGAGGCAUCUACAUGA